AUGAAAGUCUACGACCAUAUAUCUCCAACUUUUCAUGAAGUAGCAGAUGCUCGUCUUUUACUUCACGUGAGGCAUGCUAGCAUCUUUGAAGGACAUAACAAAAUAAACAUUAAAACAGUGGACAGCUAUGUAGUUGUCAUUGCGAUGUACGCCUUUUCUAUGUUAGAUAAAGUAGAGGAAUUGUGGAUUGAAUAUGGAAUAGGAAGACAUUUUCAAUACCUUCCAAUUUAUCUAAUGCAUGAAAAGCUUUCACCCGGGCUAUCAAACCUGCUUCCUUUCUUCCAUGCUUUUACUGGUGCAGAAAAUGUUUUAAGUUUUGCUGGUAUCGGCAAAACCACUGCAUGGAAGACGUGCGGAUUCAGGGAAGUAGACGUAGUAGCUUUCGGUGAAUUUCUAAAUAUGGCUCACACACAGUUUAUAUCAUAG